AUGUCCAGUACGUCCUCCAUGAUGCGUGCUGCGUAUUCUCGAGCACUAGGGCCGGCAUCCAAUCUUGAGCCCGCCACCAUCCCCAUACCUACACCUCAACCCGGCCAGGUCCUUAUCCGCUUCGGGCGUGCGCCAAUAGGUCCAGUCCAACUACCACGAGUCCUCAGCAUAGAGGCGGCUGGUAUCAUUGAAGCCGCGCCGGGCAGCGAGGAAGCCUUCCCAAGAGGCGCCAUCGUCCUCACGACUCUCGGCGGGAUGGGCGUCAUGUUCGACGGCGCAUAUGCAGAGUACACCUGCGUGUCGAAAGCGAAUGUGCAUGUGCUCAAGCGGCCUACGACGCUGGAUUGGAAGGUUCUGGGCGCCUUGCCCGUUAUGCUACAGACCGCUCAUGGAAGCCUUUUCCGAGGCCUGAAGCUGAAAGCCGGUGAAACUCUGCUUGUCCGUGGCGGCACCACAAGCGUUGGUCUUGCUGCUGCAGCCAUAGCGACGAACACAGGAGCGAAGGGACUGGCCACGACACGGCGCGGGGGCGACCAAACCGCUCGCACGAUGAAGGAGAGCGGCGCAGACCAAAAGGCGUACCCCGCCGGUGUCGACAAGGUCCUGGAACUCGUCGGCGGGUACACGCUGCCAGACUCUCUUAGCUGCCUUGCCGAAGGCGGCAUCUGCUGCUUCACGGGACUUGUAGGUGGCAGUCCCACCGCGCCGCAGUUCCAUCCUCUUGGUAUGAUUGCGACAGAGCGCUAUCUGACCGCUUACGGCGAGCGGAUGUUCCACGCGAGAAAAUGGCCGAUUGACGAGUUGGUGCAGCACGUCGAGGACGGCUCGCUCAAAGUUCAGGUAGGGAAGGUGGUUAACAUCGAUCAGAUCAUGGAUGCGCACGAGUAUGUGGAGAGCCAUGCGGGACUGGGCAAGGUCGUGGUUUUGGUCUGA